AUGUCGGGUCAACAAGAGACAGUCAAUCUCGACACCCUGGCGCCCGAGCAGCUCGCCCAGGUCAAGAAGCAACUCGACGAAGAGCUAGAGCACCUGACGACGUCAUUUUCGCAACUCCACGGCGCCCAGAACAAGUUCAGGGACUGCCUUCGUACCGUCCAGUCCCGCAAGAAUGCCUCGCCAGGAUCCAACUCCGUUCUCGUCCCUCUGACAAGCUCCCUCUACGUCCGCGGCCAGCUCACAAACACCGACCGGGUGCUGGUCGACGUCGGAACCGGCUUCCUCGAUCUGAAAGCGGCCGAGAAGUUCUACGAAGGCAAGGUCACAGAGCUCACGGCGAACCUCAAGGAUCUCGAGCUCAUCAUCCAGAGGAAACAGACAAAUGCCCGCACAAUCGAAGAAGUUUUGCGACAGAAGAUCAUGGCUAGCCAGAACCAGAGCGCACAGGCACAACAGGCAUAA